CUCCCAGUUCCUUCUCGCUCCAUCUCUCCUCUGAAAAAAGAACGAGGAAAAAAAAAAACGAGGAGAGAGAGAGAGAGAGAGAGAGAGAGAGAGAUGGAAACCCUAUUCAUCUCCGAUGCCCUCAUCACUCUCCUGCCCACCUUCGCCCACCGCGGCGGCGUCGCCGCCUCCGGCGCCUCCCUCCCCCUUCUCCUCCGCCACCGCCGCCGCCGCGUGGGGCCCACUUCGCCGCCUCGCUCCCUCCUCGCGCCUUGUCCGCGCCGCUGGGCGCCCAUCGCCGUUGCGAGGAACGGGGCUCUCAUGACCAACUCCACAGGGCAAAGCAAUGGGGUCUAUACAGUUGGUGAUUUUAUGACUAAAAGGGAAGAUCUACAAGUAGUGAAGCCAACAACUACGGUUGAUGAAGCACUGGAGAAGCUUGUGGAGAAUAGGAUCACCGGCUUCCCUGUUAUUGAUGAUGAUUGGAAAUUGGUUGGUGUUGUCUCAGAUUAUGAUUUAUUGGCAUUGGACUCUAUAUCAGGAAGUGGACGGGCUGAUACAAGCAUGUUUCCUGAGGUUGAUAGUACAUGGAAAGCAUUCAAUGAGAUCCAGAAACUGUUGAGCAAAACAAAUGGCAGAGUCAUUGGCGAUGUGAUGACACCUGCUCCACUUGUGAUUUGUGAGACAACUAACCUUGAAGACGCUGCAAGGUUAUUACUUGAAACAAAAUACCGCAGGCUUCCAGUAGUUGAUAGUGCUGGUAAAUUGGUCGGAAUCCUUACGAGAGGAAAUGUCGUUCGAGCUGCACUACAAAUAAAACAUGCAAGCGAAAAGAGUUCUUAAGAAUAAGAUGGUGUUGGAUGGUUUCUGGAUUAAGAUCGGAAUGAAGUUAAAUCCUCAGCAUUUACUGCAUCUCAUGCUAGAAGAUGUAUUUAUUCUGCCCGUAAUUUUUAUUGUUGCCAAGAAGAACAGUAGUAUCCACACAACGGAUAAUCGAUAGGUUAUGUAUAUGUGCUUAAACUUUUGUUGGUCCCUUUUUCUGAAGGUUGAUUGUUCAAACAUUCUGAGAGUUCAAUGCUUUAGUAGCUAUUUAAUAUAUUGCUUCUUGCUUUCCAGA